AUGUUCAAGCUCGCUCGCAGCAGACCAAUUGCUGCCGCUUUCAGGGCCGCGACGGAGUCCUCCGUCCAGAGCAGACUGGCUCUGCAGCAAAAGCGCAACCUCUCUAUCCACGAAUACUUGUCCGCCAGGCUCCUGAAGUCUUACGGCGUUGGUGUCCCCAAGGGCGAGGUUGCUCGCUCUCCCGAAGAGGCUGAGGCCGUUGCGCGGUCGAUCGGAAACGAUGACAUGGUGAUCAAGGCUCAGGUUCUGGCUGGUGGCCGUGGUAAGGGUACAUUUGACAAUGGUCUGAAGGGCGGUGUCCGGGUGAUUUACUCUUCCACCGAGGCCAAGAUGUUCGCCGAACAGAUGAUCGGCCACAAGCUCGUCACCAAGCAAACCGGUGCUGGUGGCCGUAUCUGCAACUCAGUGUACAUCUGCGAGCGCAAGUUUGCCCGCCGUGAAUUCUACCUCGCUGUCCUCAUGGACCGUGGUACCCAGUCCCCCGUCAUUGUCGCUUCGUCGCAGGGUGGUAUGGACAUCGAGACCGUCGCCAAGGAGAACCCCGACGCCAUCCUGACCACCCCUAUUGACAUCAACGUUGGUGUCACCGACGACAUCGCGCGCACCAUUGCCACCGACCUGGGCUUCUCUUCACAGUGCAUCGAGGAGGCGAAGGAGGCCAUCCAGAACCUCUACAAGUGCUUCAUGGAGCGGGAUGCUACUCAGAUCGAGAUCAACCCUCUGUCGGAGACCUCGGACCACCAGGUCCUGGCCAUGGACGCCAAGCUGAGCUUUGACGACAACGCCGAGUUCCGCCAGCAGGAGGCUUUCUCGUGGCGCGACACCACCCAGGAGGACGCUGAUGAGGUCAAGGCUGCCGAGCACGGCCUGAACUUCAUCAAGCUGGACGGUGACAUCGGCUGCCUGGUCAAUGGCGCCGGUCUUGCCAUGGCCACCAUGGAUAUCAUCAAGCUGAACGGCGGCAGCCCCGCCAACUUCCUGGACGUCGGUGGUGGUGCCACCCCGGCGGCUAUCAAGAGCGCCUUCGAGCUGAUCACCAGCGACCCCAAGGUGUCUGCCGUCUUCGUCAACAUCUUCGGCGGUAUCGUGCGCUGUGACGCCAUUGCCCAGGGUCUGAUUAACGUCGUGCAGGACAUGGGUCUCCGCACGCCGAUUGUGGCCCGUCUGCAGGGCACCAACAUGGAACAGGCUCACAAGCUGAUCAACGAGUCCGGCCUGAAGAUCUUCUCGAUCGAGGACCUCCAGAACGCCGCCGAGAAGUCCGUCCAAUUCUCCAAGGUCGUCAAGAUGGCCCGGGAUAUCGACGUUGGCGUCGAGUUCACCCUGGGCAUCUAA